AUGAACACUUUCAGUGGCGUACUCAGCGUGUCCCGAGCGGCCGACCAUCCACUACCGACAUCGAAAGAUCGCUUCGUAUUCAAGAACCGCACUCGUUUCAUCAUCCUUCUGUUAUGCACAUUAUGUUUGUCGAUAGCACAAAGCAAUACUUUGACGUUGAAUUUUACUAUUAUUUGUAUGGCUGGCGAUCCUAUAAACAUCGAUCAAUACAACACUUCUGGAACGAUUUUUCAAACUGACAAUGUAACAUACUCUGAAGUAACAAUACUCGCUCAACAGCGCUACAUAUACACUCCGAAUGAAAAGAACAUGUUGUUUUCAUUUGUGGCCGUUGGAGCCAUGGUUGCCGUGUAUCCUGUUAUGUGGCUUAUUCAGAAAUACGGCUCUCGGAGUAUCGUGACAAUAUUCGGAUUUUUCUCAGCUCUGUGCACUGCGCUCAUUCCGUUGUGCGCCUAUCUCGGUUUCUACUGGUUGGUUGCGAUGCGAUUUUUACAGGGAACCGGCCUUUCAACUGGAUUCACUCUCAUCGGCAUCGUCACUCGUCAGUGGUCUAUGCAAAAACAAAGCGCAUUCUACAUCGCUUUUCUUACCUGCUUUUUCCAGUUCGCUCCCAUAUUCACCAUGCCUGUCGCUGGCGCAUUAUGCACAUCAUCACUUGGCUGGUCAUUCGUUUACUAUCUACACUCAAUCAUUACUUGCGUAUUGUUCCUGUUAUUCCUCUAUUUUUACAGGGAGCAACCGCGUUUACACUCCUUCGUCUCUGCAAAGGAAUUGGAUCGUAUAAAACGCGGCAAAGGGAACACCGCAGAAAGAGAACCUAUACCUGUAAAGGCGAUUAUUACUUCUAAUGCUAUAAUCGCCGUUUGGAUCUCGGCAAUUGCCAAUUUCAUGGGUAUACAAGUAACCAUGCAGUUCUCACCGACUUACCUAAAUAAGGUGAUGGGCUUUCCUGUGGAACUAACUGGAGUGUUCAGUGCGAUCCCACAGAUAGCGACGUUCAUCUUGAAAUUGUUUGCCGGUCUCCUUGCCGAUAAGGCUACCUGCUGUAGUCCACUGACGUCGGUAAAGAUCUUCAACUGUUUGGCCAUCGGAGGCAUGGGUAUCACAUUUUUCGCGCUAGCCUAUAUUCCCACGUCGAUGCCCACAUUCGGCUUAAUAAUGCUGAUUUGUUGUUGUUCCAUUGUCGGAUUCAAUUGUGGUGCAUUUUUCCGUAGUUCAGCUAUCGUUGCCGCGCAACAUAACCACUUUGUCAUGGGCGUAAAUUCUUUCAUCAACUGCUUUUCAUCGUUAUUGGCACCAGUGGUCGUGAACAUUUUCGUUCGAGAUGACACGUGGGCUGAGUGGUGGUACGUAUGGAUGGUCCACGGUAUUAUAAUGACUUUCUGCAAUAUUUACUUCAUUCUAUUUGGUAGAGCAGAGCCAGCUGAGUGGACAAAACAAGGCUAUGGUGCCAUUGUGGCCAACGAACCAGCUGAUGUAGUCCGGUCCUGCCCCACUGAUGAGAAAAAAAUUAUCGUGCCUUUAAAUGACAAGUGCUACGCUAACUUUUAA